AGUCUGCGCGUUACGUUGAUGAAUGUAAUUAGUACUACAUUUGUUCCAUCAAAUUAACAUGGAAUCCUAAAUUUGUUUGACAUGAAAUAUACAAGAAAGUUUUGGAACAAAUAGACUAUGUGGUUUGGAGUACAUUACAUGUAUAAAUCCCCGAUAUAUUAAAGUUAUUGAAAUGUAGACCUGGUGUGCGCAUAUUUGGAUUGAUAAUUUUGCUCUAUUUCGGAUUUGUGUGCAUGAAUAAAAUGAAAGUAGUGAUUUUACCUAAACAAGGAUGCGUUCUUUAUCAGCCGAGGAAUUGAGGAAAACACUGGGAUGGUGGCUAGUGCUAUCUAUUUUCGCCGCAGGCGUUGGCCUCACUUACAUGCGUACCUUAGAUUCCUCUCCGUUCGGAUACAUCACCGCCAAAACGAACGCUACCUAUGAUUACGUCAUAAUUGGAGGCGGUGCCUCGGGGAGUGUUUUGGCCAGCAGAUUGUCUGAUGACCCUCGGCUCAACGUCCUUCUCCUCGAGGCCGGAGGUGAGGAGUCAAUAGACAUGUGGAAUCAUGUACCGCUCUGGAACCCUAUACAGCACGGAUCACCGGCAGACUGGAGUUUUCUAACCACCUCACAGAAACACGCGUGUAAAUCUGCCAAGAAUCAGAAAUGUCCUUUGACGCAAGCUAAGAUUUUGGGAGGAUCUACAUUAACCAGUAACAUGCUUUAUUCUCGAGGAAGCCCUCAUGACUUCACCACGUGGCCGAGUGAUAAAAGUCAGACUUGGUCAUGGAAGAACAUUCUACCAUAUUUCCUCAAGUCAGAAGACAUGCUGGAUGAUGAUAUGAAACUUUCGGAUUAUCAUUCCACGAAUGGACCACUGCCAGUUUCCGGUCCCGCCUCCGAGAUUAGAGAGCUUCAUCAAAUGUUUCUCAACAGUGCACGAGAACUGAAAUACAAAACUAUAGACUGUAACGGAAAAGAACAAAUUGGAUUUUGUCGACUUUCUACCACGGUAAAAGAUGGGGAGAGAUUCAGUGCCUCUAAAGACUUUUUACGAGCAGCCAUGCAUAGACGAAAUCUCCAUGUUACAACUCACGCCAUCGCUAUAAAGAUUUUGAUUUCGAAGAAUAGAGCUGUGGGGGUUGAGUAUGUUAGAAACGGACAAAAACGUACUGUCGGUGCCAGUAAAGAAGUCAUACUAGCCGCCGGUGCUAUCGGAUCAGCACAGCUCCUCAUGUUGUCGGGUGUUGGGCCCAAAGACCAACUAACCAAACUCAAUAUUCCAGUAAAUGUAGAUUUACCAGUAGGAUCAAACCUUCAAGAACACGUGAUCUAUAAGAUGGACAUACAGACGAACGAAUCUAUUGGGGUGACCAGAGAAAUGGUAUUCAAUACAGUCUCAUAUCUACAGUAUUUAGCAUUAGGAAAAGGUUGGUUAGCAACCAGUGCUGGUAUAUUUGGCAAUGCGCAGCUCAAAAUGGAUUUAACAUCAAAACUGAAAGUUCCUGAUGUUCAGCUUACUUUUUCUGCUAUCACCAAAAAUUUAGCGGAGGAAAAGAAAGAAGAACCUAAAAAUAAGCAACAACAUUCCUCAGCGGCGCAGCAGAAUAUCACGACACAGUCUGCUAAUGGUUUUACGAUCACAGUGGAGCUGUUACACCCAGAUAGUAGAGGGAGGGUGAGAUUAGAUUCCAACAACCCUUUCGUCCCGCCCCUUAUUGACCCUAGUUAUUUAUCUAACCCCAAAGACGUUCAAACCAUGGUAAAAGCAAUAAAAGUAGCACAAUCAUUUCUAUUAACGUCAUCAUUUCGAGUUAUAAAGGCACGGCUAUUUGAUAAACCAUAUUCGCCAUGCAUUCAACACAAAAUCAAAAGUGACGCAUACUGGGAGUGCGUACUACGUCAUCAAGCCGUUGGCAAUGGUCAGGUGACGUCAACUUGCUCAAUGGGGUCAACAGGAAGUGAGCGAGCGGUCGUGGAUACGUCGUUAAGGGUUCGAAACAUCACAAGCCUGAGAGUAGUUGAUGCUAGCGUGUUGCCGUCCAGUGUAUCCGGAGAUAUCACAGCAACAAAAAUCAUGCUUGCAGAGAAAGCCUCAGAUCUUAUACGAGGUCAUGAAAGUAUAAGGUUUUAUAGAAGACUUGCAGAGCGAACCUUGGCAUCCAGAUGAUAAACAUGAUCUAUACACUACAGUGAAAGUGAAUGCAAGUUGUUGAAAAAAGAACAGUUUACGUAAGGAUAGUAAUUCCGUUGUAACUGUACUGACCGCGAUAAAAUAAGUGUCAAAGGUGAUCCGAUGAAACCAUGUUCACCAUAAAAUAGAAAAUCUAUUGUAGGAUAUACCUAUGUAUGUUGAUUGCAAAGAAUUUAAGCGUAUACGGUAUUCCACGAAAGAUUUUUAGGUUUAAGUAUUUCAUUUGAGAUCAUUUAUCUUAUGUUUGAAACUUAACUUAGCAUUGGGCACAUUUAUAUGGCAAGUGCCUUACCUAAGUGCUAAUUCAUUAUCAUCGUGUUUGUUUUCUCUCAUCAUAAUUAGUUUUUCUUGUGGGUGUGUGAAAAAAAACUGGAAACCUUUAUAUAUUUUUGUAUGCUUCUAAACUCUCGGAGACCAUCAAGUUCCGAUGUGUGAGGAUAUAAACAGCCAGACAGCAAGGAUUACUAGCGUACAGAAAUAAAGGACUACACAUCAACUAACGGGGGAUAAGAAGCACAAAUCAGCCUGUUCUCAUACAUGCUUAAGUACAUAAAUCAGUUAUUGGCUUCAAUGAAUUAAAUUUAUUUUUGAACGAAAUAUUUUUGAUAACUGACAGUUUUGUAUGCGCAAAAGACGAAAUAUAUCUGUGGAUCGGAGUGACAAAAUAUGUACAUUUUAUAACUUAUGUUUCACUUAAUAUUUGCUCAAAACUUUAUAAACAACGAUUACAUCAAAGUUCAUCACGAAUACAUCGAAAGCAAACUGUCACAUUUUGAAAAUGUAUUUGAGAUACAUGCAUUGAUUUUUGAUUUGAUCAUUAUAAUUAUGCUAAAACAAUCUCAAAAACAAGAAGGCGUCAAUCUGUCGUUGAGUAAAUAAUGUCACUGACCUUAAAUGACAUAUCCGUUGUAACACAGCUCAGAGUUUACCUCCGCGCUAGGAAUGGAGAAGUUAUCCGGCUACUACGCAGGUCUGUCUUAGAUUCCCGCAUGCGCCAGAUAUAAUGCAACGAAGAACCUUUAUUCCUCCGCCAGUAAAAG